UUCAGGUGGGAAAGUCGGAGCUCUAGAAAGAGGUCCGAGUUCAAAUCGAGUUCCCAGUUGUUUUGAACGUACUGAAGUCGGUUGUCGGAGAUUUCCGAGUUACCAGUUGUAUUGAACUCGAUGGAGUUCAAUACUUCUUUCCAAUAAAUAUUGAGGAUAUUAUUCCGGUGACAUGAUGAUCGAUGCUUGGCUGCUGUUUGACAACAACAAAUAAUUAUCCAUAAUAAUCUCAUAAUGUAGAUAGCCUACACACACUGUAUCUGCAAGAUGUUGGCUAGAGCACAUGCACCCACACCCCCAAACUAAUUCCCCCGGCUAUGGUGCCAAGAUCAGUGGGCACAUUUGAAAAAAUAACGCAACAGUAUUUGUGACAAAACCAUAGGUAGAUUUGAAAAUGUGAUAGAGACUCAUUUAACUUGUAUUUUUCAUUCGGUACAUGGGAAUAUAGCAAAAGUUAUUUUUUAUGUGCAUUGCGUCAUCACAAACAGCCUUUUAUCCGCAAAAAGUCCGUUUGAUGGAAACACAUCUCUGGUGGGAAAAUACACAUUGUUUUAUGUAGAUUUAAGAAUAUUCGCAUGAAAAUCUGUCGCAUAAUGGAUAGAAAUGCAGCUACUGACACUCACUCAUUGAGCCCAUGUCAGCAAAAAUGUUUUAGAUUGGUAAAUUAGUCUAGCCAGUUAUCUAAACUUGUAGUAAUCAUGAUCGAAUUACCGACCGGGUAGCCCCCAUUUAUUUUGUUAGUCACUCUCAAAACUACAAAUAUUUCUCUCCAGUCUCCACACUAUGGCAAAAUGUGUAGAAUUGUGAAUGUUAGCGUUUAUUCGCCGUGAAUCAGUGAUGGUCACUGGCUGGAACAGCCAAAAAGUCAUCCAUUUAAAAUCUAACCCUAACCUUUACCUUAACCACACUGCUAACACUAAUGUCUAAUUCUAAACUUAAAUGAAGACUAAAAAGCAACAACAACAGAAAACAUGAUUUUUUACAGUAUUGCCUAUUUUGAUUUUGUAGCUGGCUUGUGGAAAUUGAUCAGUUCUGCCUCCAGGACAAGACUUAUCCCAAUAAACAUCAACCGGCUAUACUUGCAGGAAAUUAGCUGUAAGGCUACGGCCAGCUGCGACUGCAUGUGCGGGUAUGGAUAUGGGUAUUGCAGACCCCUAUAAAGUUACCCAACCCUUAUCUAGGGGGUGUUUUUCAUGUGUUAACUUCAUGCAGGAGAGAGGCAGCCAUGAGGAUACCCAGAACAGACAGGCAGAGAGAGAGGCCACAAACAAACAGGAUGUAUUCCCCUUGAAAAGUUGCAAAAGUCUACGCUAAAGUUAGCUGCUAGUAGGUGCCAACUAUGGAUGCAGGUGAAAAGCAGGGUGCGUGCCCCCUUUCUUGUGCAGAUGGGAAGGUAUCCGAUAUUCCAAAACCUGCCUCAAUCGAAGACUUCGUUGUUUUGAAGCCCAUCAGCCGUGGUGCCUUUGGAAAGGUUUACCUUGCACGGAAGAAAAGUAAUGCACGCUUAUAUGCAAUCAAGGUGGUGAAGAAAGCAGACAUGCGUGACAAAAAUAUGGCAGAUCAGAUGAAGGCAGAGAGGGACGCAUUGGCCCUCAGCAAAAGUCCCUUUGUUGUGCACCUCUUCUACUGUCUCCAAACAGCAACAAAAGUGUAUUUGGUGAUGGAAUACCUUAUUGGAGGGGAUGUGAAAUCACUUCUUCACAUCUAUGGGUAUUUUGAUGAGGACAUGUCAGUGAAAUACAUUUCAGAGGUGGCACGUGCUUUAGACUACCUCCAUCGCCAUGGAAUCACCCACAGGGACCUAAAGCCGGACAAUAUGCUUGUGUCUAAUGAAGGCCACAUCAAGCUUACAGACUUUGGCCUCUCCAAAGUCAAGCUUGACAGAGAAUUGAGUCUUGCAGAUAUCUUGACAACCCCAUCUUUUGUCAUGCCUAAACAAGAUUAUUUCCGCACCCCUGGUCAAGUCCUGUCUUUGAUCAGCUCUCUUGGACUUAACACACCAGCAGUGGAGGGCAAGCGGCACAGCAGCGGAUCGGCUGUGUUUAGCCCUAUGUCAUGUGGGAAAAUUGAACAGCAGAAAAACUCGCUCAGUUCACCCUUGAGGAGACAGAAGGAAUACCUGCGUUCCCCUGUCUGCCUUAGCCGGACUUUGGGACCCAACAGCUGUGUGUUCAGCCCAUAUGCUUUGGCCAAGAGCCUGACUCCCAGGCUGCUCAAGUCCAGGAGGAGGUUUGACACCAUGAGCGCAGGCGGCAGCCAAUCAUGCAUCUUCCCCUCCACCACUGACUCUGAGGGAGGUGUCAGCCCACUAUGGGAGCUGGAGCAGAAUGAGGUUGAGAACGUGCCGUACCUAUAUGGUAGGAAUGCAAGUGGACAAACGGGCGGAAAGGUGACCUCUGAUAUGAGGAUGUUGGGCCAGGGCUCUGCCCUGGCAUCGUUGGACAACUUGGACCUACGUGAACAACUCUACCAAGAACCCAGUACCGGAGAACUGUCCAGGAAGGCCGAACAGGAACCCCAUGCUGGAAAGAAGCUUCAGUUUAACGAGGUGGAGCAAUCUGCCCCACCCAAGAAGCCUGAACUCUCUCAAUCAAUCAGAGGCAAUGUUUCUGGAGCUGAAAGUAUCUGUGCCACCAAAGGGAAACCAAAGGAAGUCCAGUCUGGGGUAACCUCAGCAGUAAAGAGAGGGUUUGAGGAGGUGGAGAAAAGUCCUGAGCAGUUGGAAUCUCUUUCCAAGAAGAGAGACUCGGAGUACCAGAGGUGUUCUGGGGUCCCAGAAGUGGCUUUGAAGUAUUGUACUGGUCUGACCGGGGUGUUUGCCAAUGUUCAUUUGGAAGAGUUUGGAUCUGAGGGUCAAGGGACUGCUAAAGGACAGGUGCCCAAACGCUCCAGUCCCAUUGCUGUGUCUAAAAACCUCCUGUGUGAGUUGGAUGACCUAGCAGAGGGGGUCUUUGUUGAGGGAAUGUAUUUUGGUGAAGACCAUGAGCUGAGCAGCAGCCUGAGCAUUGACCCUGAGGGGUCGGUUCAUGAAAUGUCCAUCAAUGUCAACAGCCCAACCCCAAAGUGGUCGACUCAUAGUGCCAAAGAAGGGCAUUUGCCAUUGUUAGAGCUAGACAACAGCGAAAUAUCACCCAGUACCGCACUGCCACCUCAGCCACCCACCUUCGCUAGUAUAGGAACAGCAAAGCCGGGCAACAUGCUCACCCUGCGAGGAGGCGUAUCCAAACGCUCCUUCCUUGACAGAGUCCCCGAGCUGGACCCCAGCAUGACCAAGUCACCCUCGUUCCUCAAGCCCAGGAACGUGGUGGCCUUCCGGAGCUAUUGCAGCUCCAUCAACCGCUCCAACAUGUCGUGGAACUCACGCCUCAGCCUGGGCUCAGUAGAGGCCAUGGAUAUGGCUACCUCAGCCUCCUACCACAGUAUGCCUGCUGCUGUCACACCAGUCCAGAAGAGACCCAACUCCAACAGCUCCCUCUAUCAGACCCCACAGACGAUGACAUUCCACACUCCAUUCAGGACCCCCAAGAGUGUCCGACGUGCUCCGGUACCUGUGGAGGGAGUGCCGAUUUUAGGCACCCCAGACUACCUAGCCCCAGAGCUGCUAUUGGGGAAACCACAUGUUUCAGGAUAUCUUAAUUGUGACUACAUGGUGGACUGGUGGGCCUUGGGCGUGUGUCUGUUUGAGUUCCUCACCGGUGUGCCCCCCUUCAAUGACGAAACCCCUCAGCUUGUCUUCCAGAAUAUUCUCAACAGAGAUAUCCCAUGGCCUGAUGGUGAUGAGGAGCUAUCCCACAAUUCCCGGAAUGCCAUAGAGAUCUUACUCACCAUGGAUAUGAACAAACGGGCUGGCUUCAACGAACUGAGGGGCCACGCUCUCUUUGAGGGGUUGGACUGGGAUAACCUUCAGAAUCAGACCAUGCCCUUCAUCCCCCAGCCGGAGAACGAAACAGACACGUCAUACUUUGAUGCUAGAAACACUGCCCAGCAUCUAGUCAUGUCUGGAUUCAGUCUGUAGGUUUGUACACCAGAGUUGGGGUGAAUUCCAGUCUAUUCAGGAAGUACACUGAAAUUCCAAUUCCUUUUAAUGCUUUUCAUUUGGUAAAAUUUGGAAUUGAGUUUACUUUCUGAAUUGAAAUGGAAUUGACCCCACGCUGUUGUACACCAACUGUUCCUCACUAUGCUGUCCUCUAUCCCUCAUCCUCUACCAUGCAUCACUGCAGUGUUUUCCCUACUGUUAUGUAGGCUGGGCAGGUACCCUAUUGAGUUUUGUUUUAGGGUUCUAGUU